AUGUAUCCGCUAACGGCUACCUAUUAUGAUCCUGAAGAAAAAAUAUGGUCAGGACCUCAACGUAAGGACUUGUACAAUAAGGAUAUAACAUUGGGCGAAGUUAUUUUCGAUGUGCUCAGCAAAUGGCCCGAGAAAACAAUACAAAUACACGAUGUUAGCGGUGAAAAAUUGACGGGACAACAAUUGUUGGAUCAUUCGAGGAUAUUGAGUAAAAAUCUUAUGAAAUUGGGUCUUCGGAAGGGAGAUGUUAUUGGUCUCGUUGCCAGUAAUUGGACGCAUGUCACGACGCUGAUGUUAUCCUCGUUUUUAUGUGGGACCCCAGUAAAUGCCUUGUAUCCGGGGUUUGAUAAAGAUAAUGUGUCUAUGGUCUAUAAGGUCACUCAACCCAAAAUAUUAUUUUGUGAUGCUGAAAAUUAUAAAACUGCUCUGCAGGUCAAUGAUCAAUUGAAAUUGAAUGCACCGGUAUUUGUAAUGAACGAUAAUGAUGUGGUGGAAGGUGUUGGCCAUAUCAAGGAUCUGUUGAAGGAUGAAAAUGACGGGAGUGAUAAUAAAUAUUUAAGAUUUCCCUGCAAAGAUUUGUCGGGUGAUGACACCGCCAUGCUAUUGUGCUCAUCCGGUACAACAGGAGCGCCAAAAGGUGUGAAAUGCUCACAUCGGGCAUUGCUCAAUCAAAUUGUAUUCUUAACUCUCAAACCCACCUCCGUAACCUUUACAUUUAGUGCCAUGUAUUGGGCAUCGGGUUUAUGGACUCUGGUAGCCUCCCUAAUAACUGGUACCUUGCGCAUUAUGACCACACGACCAUAUACACCCGAAUAUUUUCUACAAUUGGUUGAUCAAUACAAAAUUACCCAUGUCCUUUCUAAUAAUCAAUAUAUGGCCGAAUUAUCCCUAUACGAAGAUGUGCCGAAAAUACAAAAAUGUCUGGCAUCCAUAGAUACCAUUUUGGUGGGUGGUGCCAAAGUCCUACUGAGUCUUCAAGAGAAAAUGAAUGAUAUUUUAUCGAUUAACCCGAAAAGGCCUGGUUUUGCUGUGGCCUAUGGUAUGUCCGAGCUAUCGGGUAUGUUAACCAUCAAUGGUGGCUAUGUAAGUGAUCGCUUGAUCGGUGCCGAGGGUAAAAUGUUGGCCAACAAAAAGGCACGAAUUCUCGAUAAACAGGGUCAGCCAUUGGGUCCCAAUGAACAUGGUGAAAUUUGUAUAUACUCCCCUUACACCUGGUUCGGUUAUCACAACAAUGAGGAGGCGACACGCAAAGCUAUGCGCGAUAAUUGGUUAUAUACCGGAGAUAUUGGUUACUUCGAUGAGGAGGGUUUCCUGCAUGUCUGCGCCCGAGAUAAUGAUGUCUUUAAAUCAAGAAAUUUUCAAAUUUAUCCACAAUUAAUUGAAGAGGUGAUCAGUCGUUUGAAUGGCAUUUCAGAAGUUUGUGUCUGUGGUAUUCCCGAUACAAUUGCCACACAUUUAACGGCAUGUGCUGUGGUACGUGCAUCGACGGAGGAGGGGAAGAAAUUAACUACGAAGGAAAUUGAGGAUCAAGUCAAAGCCAAUAUGGGUAGUAUGUAUCAUUUAAGUGGUGGUGUGUAUUUUGUGGACGCCAUACCUAAGACCGGAUCGGGUAAAGUUCAACGAGCCAAAGUUUUGGAGUUGGUGAUGAAAAUGAAAGAGGGCAAGGAAAAGAAUACAAGGGGAAUUUAA